UAUAUAUGUGACGAGCCGAUGUUUACUAAAAUAUAGAUAGUGAAGUAGUCUACAAUUACAUUGAUUUCCGGGUAUCAUCUAUCUACUCAUCGUAAUCGAAACCAAAGACAAGACAGACAACAUGCAUCGAUCCGGAAAAAUAAUAUCGGCGCAGGUCUAUGUCGAUGUGUUCCGAUAUUUCAUGUUUUGUCCUACGUAACUAUGACUACUAAAAGCUAAGAAAAGUCGUACUCUCAGACAAAUACGACUGUAGAAAGGACACUCAGUACAAGUGAACGAAUUCUCAUUUGAACAUCAAAGACAAUUUCAGCGAAAUGAAUGACAAAGAUGACAGUGCUUGGGUAUUCGAUUCCUUGAUUGGAUUUCUACAGGGCCCCAUAUGGUCAUCGCCUUUAUUGACUUUCAUCGAGGAAAAGUCCCUCGUUUUCGAAGCAAACACUGAAGAUUGCGAAGAGUAUCGGAAAAUAUAUCAAGAAUAUAAAAAUUUAGUUGAUUUGCUGCUGGGUUGUUUUAUGGAAGAUAUGAAUAUCUCACCGGAGCAAUUUGAAUAUGCUUGCACUGUUAAUAAAGACACGAAGAUUCCAAUACAAUUUCAACAAAAUUUGUUUGAGCAAAUAUGGGCGGCGAAUGAAUACGAGAUAUUCAAAAGAAUGAUGAUACAAAAAAACUUGGAACUUCAAUUACAAGCGUUAAAUAUGAUCGAGCAAAGAUACGGUCUCACACCUGCCUCCCUCAUGUAUGAGGAUGGCUUUAUUGACGAUGAAUUGGUCAUGGAGGACUUGAUAACUAAACAAGUUUUAGAAGAUCAGAAAGAAGAAGAAGCAGGUAUAUCACCUGAAAAAACGUUGAUUGCUGAACAUGAGCGUUUGGCGGCGGAGUAUCACAAUGAAAGAGCAUUAUUGGAAGAAGCAUUAAGAAAGUCGAAAAAUGCCUCUAGGAACACUUCGGAUGACGAAUCCACGGAAGAGAUCAAACAUGCCACCGCAUCCAUUGAGGAAGCAUCCUCAGAGAAAUUUCAUGAACUUAAAAAGACCGAGCCCCUAAAACCAAUACCGAUUUCAAAAAAGAGAUCCGAUGAAGAUGAGAUGAAUCCGGAAGAUAUUAAAAAGAGGCAAGAUUAUCUAAAAGCCCGACGAGAUAAACUUGUAGCUUUGAAAAAGGAAGCUAGAAGUCAGCAAUUAGAAAUGAAUAAAAAUCGGCCGAGCUCGGCUAGAGUAGUUGCGGAGGCGACUAUGAAAGGGCAGCAAGAACUGGAAGCAGCACAAACUUUAGAUCCUUCAAUACUUCAAGUACGAAGGGCUCUUGCAGCUCGAUUAAAAGCUGAAGUUGUGCAUAAAAUCGCAUGAUACAUAUCCAGGUUAUAAUUCUUUAUACAUCAAGGAUUAACAUUGGGCAUGAAGUGCAGACUGGUAAAUAUACAUAAAUCAAAUAUUUAUUAUACAGUUACUACUACUUACAUUGACAACCGAAAAGCUUAUUGAAAGUAUUUUAAAGGGAACUGAUUUCUUAAAGAAAUUAUGUGUUUCUGUUUAAUUCAAGUAUGAUUGUGUUUUACAAUCAUUACAAAUAUACAUAUAUAUACAAACUAAA